GGGUCGGGGUCGGGGCUGGGACAGGGGUAGAGCUGGGCCGGGGAGGGUGUGCAAGGGCCUCACUCCGCUCCUCCUGUCCGCAGAGGCUGCCGCCGUCCGCACCAGCAUGUCCUACAGCGUGACCCUGGCCGGGCCCGGGCCCUGGGGCUUCCGUCUGCAAGGGGGGAAGGACUUCAACAUGCCGCUCACCAUCUCCCGGAUCACCCCGGGCAGCAAGGCAGCCCAGUCACAGCUCAGCCAGGGGGACCUCGUGGUCGCCAUCGACGGCGUGAACACGGACACCAUGACCCACCUGGAGGCCCAGAACAAGAUCAAGUCUGCCAGCUACAACCUGAGCCUCACCCUGCAGAAGUCAAAGCGGCCCAUUCCCAUCUCCACGGCAGCGCCCCCGAUCCAGUCGCCUCUGCCAGUGAUCCCCCACCAGAAGGUGGUAGCCAACUCUCCGGCCAAUGCGGACUACCAGGAGCGCUUCAACCCCAACGCCCUGAAGGACUCCGCCCUGUCCACCCACAAGCCCAUCGAGGUGAAGGGGCUGGGCGGCAAGGCCACCAUCAUCCACGCGCAGUACAACACGCCCAUCAGCAUGUACUCCCAGGACGCCAUCAUGGACGCCAUUGCCGGGCAGGCCCAGGCCCAGGGCAGUGACUUCAGUGGGGGCCUUCCCGUGAAAGACCUGGCUGUGGACAGCGCCUCCCCCGUGUACCAGGCCGUGAUCAAGAACCAGAACAAGCCGGAGGACGAGGCUGACGAGUGGGCCCGCCGCUCCUCCAACCUGCAGUCUCGCUCCUUCCGCAUCCUGGCCCAGAUGACGGGCACCGAGUACAUGCAAGACCCUGAUGAAGAAGCUUUGCGAAGGUCAAGCACCCCUAUUGAGCAUGCUCCAGUGUGCACCAGCCAGGCCGCCACCCCGCUGCUGCCCGCUUCUGCCCAGCCGCCUAUUGCUGCCUCUCCCGGCGCAGCCUUGCUACCCCUGGCUGCAACCGCUGCCCACGCUGCCGCUGCCGCUGCCUCGGCCUCUGCUUCAAGCCCUGCGGACAGUCCAAGGCCCCAGGCCUCUGCUCAGGGCACGGCCAAGGCGACCGCUCCAGCACCUGCCGCCCACCCAUACCCCGAAGCCCCAGCUGCGGCUGCGCCCAAGCCUCGGGUGGUCACCACUGCCAGCAUCCGGCCUUCUGUCUACCAGCCAGUGCCCGCAAAUACCUACAGCCCAUCUCCGGGGGCCAGUUACAGUCCAGCUCCCUACACGCCCUCGCCUGCCCCGGCCUACACUCCUUCCCCUGCCCCUGCCAACACCCCCUCGCCCGCCCCCACCUACUCGCCCUCCCCAGCACCGGCCUACGCCCCGUCGCCGGCCCCCAGCCACGAGGCUGCGCCCUCGGGGGCCCACAUCAGGGGUCCCGCUGAGCCUGCCAGCCGCCCCCCGUGGGCCACGGACGACAGCUUCUCUCAGAAGUUCGCUCCCGGCAAGAGCACCACCUCUCUCAGCAAGCAGCCCCUGCCCGGAGGGCCCUCUGCCUACGCCCCGGGCCCCCACGGGCCCCCCCUGGCCAGGGGCACCUUCCAGAGGGCCGAGCGCUUCCCAGCCAGCAGCCGGACUCCGCUCUGUGGCCACUGCAACAACGUCAUCCGGUAGGACCGGCGUGGCCCGGGCUGGGUGCUGGGUGCUGGGUGCUGGCUGCCGCCUGCGCCCUGGGGUGGGCGGGAACGGGAGGGCAGGCAUCGCGGACGCCACACGCCUCCGGUCCCUCCGGGUCAGCAUCAGUCUGACCUCUGAGCUGUGGCUUCCAUCCCUGGUGACACCCCUCCCCUUAGGAAGUGUGUGCAGCCCCCGUGCAGUGAGGUGAUGCACGCCCUCCGGCAGACCUGGCACCCCGGCUGCUUCCUCUGUGCCGCCUGCAAGAAGCCCUUUGGGAACAGCCUCUUCCACAUGGAGGACGGGGAGCCCUACUGCGAGAGAGACUACAUCACUCUGUUCAGCACCAAGUGUCACGGCUGCGACUUCCCCGUGGAGGCUGGGGACAAGUUCAUCGAAGCCCUGGGGCAUACCUGGCAUGACACCUGCUUCAUCUGUGCGGUGUGCCACGUGAACCUGGAGGGGCAGCCGUUCUACUCCAAGAAGGACAAGCCCCUGUGCAAGAAGCACGCGCACGCCAUCAACGUGUAGCGGCCCGGCGCGGCCGGCGGGCAGGCGCCAGCGAUGGGGAGGAGGCCGCCGCCGCCGCCGCCGCCGCCGCCGCU